AUGCACGCUGAACAACACGUAGAGGAGGCUGCAGAUGCGGUCCAGUCGUCUCGGCUACCAACACCAGAACCACGACUCGAUGCGGGCAACAAGGACCACGAUCAUUAUGCCCGACGCCUCCCUGCAUGGCGCAAUAGCCUGCGCAAGACGCUCAUCCCCGUUGUGAGAUGGGAGACACCGUACCUGGCCCUGCUUCAGGAGAAAGUCCGAACGCCGGCUCUAGACUCGUAUUUCGCCUACACUGCAAAUCUGGGAACGCAUACGUUCUAUAUGGUCUUUCUUCCGAUUCUCUUCUGGUGCGGGCACACGCAUUUGGGAAGAGCCAUGGUCCAUAUGUUGGCCGCUGGCAUUUAUUUCAGCGGGGUUCUAAAAGAUAUGCUGUGCCUGCCGCGUCCUCUAUCCCCACCGCUGUACCGCAUUACCAUGUCCGGUUCUGCUGCCCUUGAAUAUGGGUUCCCGUCCUCGCAUUCGACCAAUGCCGUCUCCGUCGCCAUGUACUGUAUCCACCUCCUGCGGAGCACAGCCGAGCAGCAUCACCCAAACGUCUACCUGGGCCUACAGCUCCUGGCCUACUUCUUUGCGGCCACCAUCGUCUUCGGUAGACUUUACUGCGGCAUGCAUGGAUUCCUCGACGUAAUUGUGGGAAGCCUCCUGGGUGCCGUACUGGGCCAGAUCCAGAUCGUAUAUGGUCAUACAUUCGACCUCUGGAUCGCCCAAGGGAACGUCACGCCUACGCUGAUUGCAUUGUUGGUGAUUCUAGUUCUGAUUCGGACACACCCCGAACCUGCCGAUGAUUGUCCUUGCUACGACGAUACUAUCGCCUUUGCCGGCGUGGUCAUGGGCGUUCAACUUGGAGCCUGGCACUUCAGCCAGAGCCGGUAUUCCAUUGACACUCCGAUCCCGUCUACCGUUCACUUCGAUUUCCACCAUCUCGGGCUCCUCAAGACAACGCUGCGCAUAGCCUUAGGCGUUCUCAUCGUUUUCGUUUGGAGGGCAAUCAUGAAGCCGGCUUUGUUGAAGAUCUUGCCCCCAAUCUAUCGGGUCUUGGAACGAGUCAGGAUGCUUAUCCCUAGAGCGUUCUUCCUGAACGCAUCGAACUAUACCAGCGUUCCCCAUCUGCACGGGGACGAUAAUCUGAUCCCUCCGGCGUCUGAAAUACCUCAUAUGCUCAAUAACCUCGUGCAUCCUCGCAAAAGAGCAGUGUCUGUUGGACCCCAGUCUGCGGCAGACGCCUAUGAGACGCUAGCGUAUCGUAAUCGGCGGCGGAGAGAAAGCUUGAAAUCGGCAGAGGGCACUCCUAUACCCAAACGAUCUUCGCCUUCGCCUACUGGACGUCAAGCACAUAAGGGUGCGGUCUUCGGAGCGGACCUGCUCCCCACUCCGGCGGCUUCCCGUGUACAGUCACUUGAGCAGAUGAUGGGUACUGGCAAGGUGUCACUCGGGCUUUUGACGCCUCCCAAAGAUAGCGACUAUGUGGAGAGAGGUGCACGCAUGCCUAACACGGAUUUGGAGGAUGAGAAGCGGGAGCUAUUCGAUCAACUCACAAAGCCUCGUGUGCGGUACGAUGUGGAGGUAGUCACCAAGCUGAUCGUUUAUGGGGGUAUUGCAUGGCUUGCUGUGGAGGGAAACCCUAUACUUUUCGAAUGUAUCGGCCUGGGCAUGAGGUGA